AUGUCCACUCAAUACAGCUUAUCCCUGGUCGUCCGCGUACCCGAAGGCCAGUCACCGAAAUUGGUUAAAGAAUCAAUUCCUGCCCCGUCACCGGGCCCUGGACAAGUGCUGGUCAAAGUGUCUCAUGUAGCUCAAAACCCGACAGAUGUUCAAUCUUUUGACAGCAAUGCUUUUGGCGACGGAACCGUGCUGGGCUGUGACUUUGUCGGGGAAGUGGUUCAAGUUGGCGCGGAAGUAACGCGAUUGACCAUAGGUGAUAUCGUAGCCGCAUUGAUCUGGGGAGGGGAGACCAAGGGGCUUGGUGCAUACAGCGAGUACUGCUUGGCUGAUCAGCGGAUUACUUUCAAAGUGCCUACAACUCUCUCUCGUGAAGAUGCUAGCACAGUUCCUCUCGCUGCAGCCACUGCGUGGCUCGCAUUAUUCUCCCCAGAUUGUCUCAAUCUCGACCGUACUAAAGCACAGGGUACAAGUGUGCUGGUAUGGGGAGGUAGCACCAGCGUUGGUCUGUACUCUAUUCAAAUCGCCUCUCUUUAUGGGUUCGAUGUAAUCACUACAUGUAGUCCCCAUAAUGCAGAACUAGUGCGAUCAUAUGGUGCAAAAUAUGUCUUCGAUUAUAAGGAUAAGAAGGUGGUGGAGGAUAUCCGAAAAGCUGCCCCCAAUAUCUACCAUGUUUUUGACACUGUUGGAAAUCAAGGUUCAUCGCCGACGGCUUCACAAGUGUUCGGCGAUCGCCAAGGCAGGAUCUGCACGGUGCGGCCUGGCAAAGCAAAUACUGAGGGAGUCUCCGAGAACGCCCAUGUCACGGACGUCUUGGUGUGGACGGCAUUUCUCAAGGAACACAGAUAUGGAACGUUCUAUUGGCCGGCGUCUGAAAAAGAUAAUGGGCUAGCGAGUGAACUGUUUGAGAAACUAGGUCCGUGGCUUGAGGAGGGCACGAUCAAGCCGAAUGUUACAAAGGUGCUUUCCGGGUUGGACGCUGUUUCUGGUGGUUUCCAGAAAUAUAGGGAUGGGAAGAUCUCAGCAUAUAAGAUUGUCUAUCAGAUAUAA